UCGGGUCACGUGACCCCCCUGGCCGGCCAAGAUGGCGGCGUCCUGUGUGGUUGUGCUGCUGCUGUUGCUGUCUCUGUUUCUACCGCUACUGCUGCUUGGCGUGUGGAAACGCUGGCAGCGUGGGCGCGCGGCUCGGCACGUGGUGGUCCUGGUGCUGGGGGACGUGGGCCGAAGUCCCCGCAUGCAGUACCACGCGCUGUCCUUGGCUAAGUCGGGCUUCUCCGUGACCCUUCUGGGGUUCUGCAACUCCAAACCCCACAGUGAGCUCUUGGAGAGUGACAAAAUUCAAGUCGUGAAGUUGACAGAACUUCAGGGUCUUGCAGUUGGGCCCCGGGUUCUCCGAUAUGGGUUCAAAGUUGUGUUUCAAGCAGUGUACUUGCUAUGGAAACUGAUGUGGACGGAGCCAGCAGCCUACAUCUUUCUCCAGAAUCCCCCAGGCCUGCCGAGCAUUUCUGUCUGCUGGCUGGUGGGCUGCCUGUGUGGGAGCAAACUGGUCAUCGACUGGCACAACUACGGCUACUCCAUAAUGGCCCUGGUGCACGGUGCCACACACCCAAUUGUCCUGCUGGCCAAGUGGUAUGAGAAAUUCUUUGGGCGCUUGUCCCACCUGAACCUCUGUGUGACCAAUGCUAUGCGGGAGGACCUGGCCAAGAACUGGUGCAUCAGGGCUGUGACUGUCUAUGACAAGCCAGCAUCUUUCUUUAAGGAGACACCCCUGGACCGGCAGCACGAGCUCUUCAUGAAGCUGGGUCGCACCCACUCUCUGUUUAGGGCCCGCUCGGAACCCUCGGACCCAGACACAGAGAGGUCAGCCUUCACGGAGCGGGAUGCUCAGACCAGGAUGGUGACGCGUAUUUGUGGGCGGCCAGCGCUGUUGGUCAGCAGCACAAGCUGGACAGGUCUGCCCCCCACUACACUGGGGACCUGGGGGAAGCUGUGUUCUUGUAGACCAGAAAAAAGGGGUGGUCUGGGAGCUGGGAAGGAGGUGCCCUGGAAACAGGCUGUGAGGCUCACUUCUCUUCUUGCAGAGGACGAGGACUUCUCUAUCCUGCUGGCAGCAUUGGAAAAGUUUGAACAAUGGGCAUCUGAUGGAGAAAGCCUUCCUUCUUUAGUCUGUGUGAUAACAGGCAAAGGGCCUCUGAAGGAACAUUACAUCCACCUCAUCAGCCAGAAGCGUUUCCGGUGCAUCCAGGUCUGCACACCAUGGCUGGAGGCUGAGGACUACCCCCUGCUUUUAGGCUCAGCGGACCUGGGUGUUUGCCUGCACAAGUCCUCCAGCGGUCUGGACCUGCCCAUGAAGGUGGUGGACAUGUUCGGGUGCUGCUUGCCUGUGUGCGCUGUGAACUUCAAAUGUUUACAUGAGCUGGUGCAACAUGGAGAAAAUGGCCUGGUCUUUGAGGACGCAGAGGAACUGGCAUCUCAGCUGCAGGUAACAUGCCUGCCUAUGCUGUGGCUUGGAGGGUAUGGAGUAAGCUUCCUGUGCUCCAUUCCUGUGGAAUGGUGGGACUCUCUGGUCUGGAAGAAAAGCGGAGGGAGGCAGGGAGGGAGCAGAACCCCAGAGGUGGCCUCCCGAGCUCUGGGCUGCCAUAUAUGCAGCCAGUGGGUGCAGGAGGGUCGGGAGAGUGGGUCUGUGGAGUUGACACCACACAGAAGGUGGACGUGCUGCCACUUAGGGAAUGAGCAGGCUCGCAAAAUGGAGCUUUGCAGACUGGCUUUGGGAGAGGGUAGGAUUCUACAGGGCAUACUUCUUUCUUGUUAUACAAAUUAACACACUGUCAUUCUGGACAAUUGAAAGAUCUGCAGACAUUUUUUGUAAAGGUCCAGCUAGAAGACAUUUCAGACUUUGUCCUGCGUCUGAGAGCUAUUCAUGCUCAGAGUGCAAGCGGCUGCUUGCUAUCUAGUGAAGGGGCUGGGUUCUAACAGUACUUUACUUACCAAGACAGGGCGGCUGGGUUUGGCUUGUGGGCUCUAGUUUGCUAAUCCUAAUAUAGACAGUUUAGUAAAACCCAGACAGGGUUUGCUCCUUCCUGGUGGAAGUUGCUGGUGGGUGUGAGAACAGCAGGCCGGGGCCAGGUGCACUCCAGGUCCCGGGGUGUGGGAAACUAGAAGACAGGCCCCCUUUGAAGGCCUAGGAAGGCAGUGGGGACUUGGGGCAGGUGUUACUGUGUGGGCAUCUUAUGACCAGAGCUGUCAGCCAGGCAGAUGGGAAGCUGGGUCUAAAAGGGGAAGGCCCGAGCACGGGUGGGGAGUAUUGAUGAGCUAUCUUCUGAGCUUUAUUUUCCUGUAGAUGCUUUUAUCCAAGUUUCCUGAUCCUGCUGGCAAACUGAACCAGCUCCGGAAGAACCUGCGGGAGUCAGAGCAGCUUCG